GUAAAUUUCAGAAGUUCUUUUUUUCCAGUCCACAAGUUGAUUAAAUUAAAUCCAUCAAAAUCGCAUCAUUAUGGCUGAAAAGUCAAUAGAAUGUCAAAAUACUUUGGUACGAUACAAUAAUCCAACGUUGGUGAUCAAGCAUGAUGAUAGGAAAGGUGAUGAAGUUCCAAAAAGUCCACGACCAGUCUCUGGAAGUAUUGGUGAUUCCAGAAAAGAGACUGAGGAGAUUCUUAACUCAAUAUUACCACCUAGGGUCUGGGAAGAGGAUGGUCAGUUGUGGUGUCAAACAGUUUCAAGCACCCCAGCAACACGUCAGGAUGUCAUAAACUUACAAGAAAUGCUCGAUACUCGCCUGCAACAGUCACAAGCUAGAGAAACAGGAAUUUGUCCAAUAAGAGCUGAAUUAUAUAGUCAAUGCUUUGAUGAAAUUAUACGACAAGUCACCAUAAAUUGUACUGAACGUGGAUUAUUGUUGCUUCGUGUCAGAGAUGAAAUUAAUAUGCGUGAUGAGGCUUAUGAAACUUUAUAUUGCAGUUCUGUGGCUUUUGGUAUGAGAAAAGCAUUACAAGCACAAGAAGGUAAGGAAUUGUUGCAAGAAAGGAUUCGACAGUUGGAAGAGGAAAAGGCACUUUUGGAAGCAGCUAUAUCGGACAUGAAAGUUAAAGCGGACCAGAAUGAGAGACGAAAUGCUGAAUUGAGAGAAUCAGAAGAAAAGAAACAUUCUGAAGAGAUUGCAUUUCUUAAGAAGACAAAUUCACAACUCAAAUCACAAUUAGAGAAUAUCAUCAAGAAGUAGUUUAGCAAAAUUAUGUCUGCACGCUGUAAUUAAUAAAAGGUUUUGUAAUGUCAACGGUUUUUUAAAAUUCAAAUUCUAG